CUCUAUGGCCCAUCAAUUCCCCACCAAAGCACAUUCAAUUCACCUCCAGAAGGGCAUAACAGCAAGUUCUAUGUCAUUACUGUGGGGCAACAAGUUGGACUUUUCUUUCACUGGAAUGAUGUCGCACAGCGGGUGAAUCGUGUCAGUGGUAAUAUCCACUACAAAUGUGAUAUGUUCCAGGAAGCCCUCGUGCAGUACACUCGCGCCUAUAAAAAUGGUGAGCUUUGUGCAAUUCCGAUGCCUGGUUCCCCAUUCUGGCCCACCAAAUCACAGACUAUGUCCUCGGAUGAAGAAGACAUUUGGUCUCAUAUUGAGGAUCUCUCAGAGCAGAUGAGCAAUGCGCAUAUUUGA